AAACGCCAGGUCAGACAAGUACUGAAAAUAGGACACAGCUCAAUGCAUGGCUGAAUCCCGAUUGGUAGAGCGGGCUGCAGUAGUUGUGACUCGGUCAGACGACUGCUAUUUAACCUGGUCUGCCACCUCAACGAGAAAGGACCGAGACGAUGGCUCCGAUAAUCUUCUAUAGCAUACCUUCGCAGAAAGGCUGCUGGUCUUUGCACACGCUAAAGAUUCGGUAUGCGCUCAACUACAAGGGCCUUCCCUUCCGCACCGAAUGGGUCGAAUACCCCGACAUUGAGAAGAAGUGCAAGGAGAUCGGCGCCGAGCCCACCGAGACGAAAGAGGACGGUAGCCCCCUCUACACUCUGCCCGUCAUCUCCGACCCAUCGACGGGCAAGGUCAUCAGCGACGGGCCCAAGAUCGCAAAGUACCUCGACGAGGCGUACCCGGAUACGCCUAAGCUCUAUCCUCCGGGCACAGAGGCGACGCAGAAGGAGGCGAUGGCGCAGCUCUUCGGAAAGGCCGCCCCCGCGCUGCGCCCCAUGGUCGUGCCGUGCGUCGUGCACAUCCUCGGCGAGGGGAGCAAACCGUACUUCCGCGCCACCCGGGAGAAGGCGCUCGGCUGCACGCUCGAGGAGAAGAUACCGAAGGGAGAGGACAGGAAGCUCAGGCUGGAGCAGGGGAGGGAGGCGUUCGAGGCGUUUUUGGCGAGGUUCAAGGAUGCGAGUGGGAAGGAGACGCCGUUCUUGUUGGGUGAGGCGCCGUGCUUUGCGGAUUUCUCGGUGGCGGGAUUCUUGCAGUGGAUCAGGGUGACGCUGGGAGAUGAGAGUGAUGUGUGGAAGGCGGUUGAGAGCUGGAGUGAUGGGAGGGUGGUCAAGUAUCUCGAGGAUCUGCGCAAGUAUGAGGGGGACCCCAGGGCCUGAAGACCUACAACAGACCGAAGUUGUGUUAACAAGCAUCCUGUGCGGAUUGUAACGUCUACGAAGGCAUGCUUACAAGCCCUUACCCACGGUUGCCUUGAAGGUAGAGAGGCAUUCCUGAUAUCCCAAGUGAGGGGCACACUACGAUGAGUAAGCG